AACGAGAGGGACAAGCAGUGAGGAAGAAUGAAGAAUGAAUGAAUGUCAUGAAACAAAAGUUAAGUAACCUCAAUAAAGUUAGAGCAUGAAUUUAAUUGAACCCCCCGACACUCUCGGUUUGUGCUUGUGUGUUGACGUACAAACAAGUGAAUGGUUUUGCUCUUGCUUGCCACCUACAACACUGCAAUGCACUCUCAUUCUCCCACUCCAAUUAAUCCAAAGCACCACAACUCAUCAUAGCUCAUAUGUUCUCAUACAAUAAUAUAACACCACAUGAAUGCAAGUAACAGCGUUGAGUUGUUGUUGUUGGCAUCAUGAACAGCAGGAAUGUGAAUGUGAAUCAGCAUCAUCACCGCAGAGGUCACAGCUUCAAUGGCUCUGCCAACAUCCAUCCCAUCUCCAACACAAUUAAUUCUUCCCAUGGAAAACUGGGGAAACUCUCGUUUGAAUCAGCAAAACUGGCCACAAGUGGGAUUGAUGAUCUAUUGUCAUCCACAGAAGGAGGAAAGCAUGACUAUGAUUGGCUCCUUACUCCCCCGGGGACCCCUCAUUUACCAUCAUCAGAAGGUGAAUCCCAACCAACUUUGGUGCCUCCAAGAAGCAGUUUGGGUAGAUUAAAGUCAAACACUAGUGUCUCAAGGCUUUCAGUCUCACAAUCAGAGAACAACAAUCAUUCUCAUUCUCACUCUAGACCAUCAAGAAGUGGUUCAGUGACUCGCAGUCCAAACAGAUCCUCUUCCAUCCUUAACACAAGGCCAUCCUCCCCCAUAACUGCGGCAAGGCUUUCCACUCCAACCUCUCGCACAACAUCAACAUCAACACCCCCCAGAGUACUACUACCACGCUCAUUUCCAAGUCCAAUCAACACAUCAUCAACUGACACCAACAAAACUAGAACAUCACAAGGCUCAAGGCCAUCCACUCCAAGCUCAACUUCAAAGCCAUCCAUUCCUGCCACUUUGCGGCCCUCUACCCCCACUCGACGCCAUUCACUGCCAUCUCCAUCGCCUUCAGUCACACGUGUGGGGCGUAAUCCAGCUACACCGCGUCUCCAGCCAGUUGUCCCUCCUGAUUUCCCCCUUGAAACACCACCAAACCUCAGAACAACAUUGCCUGCUGAUAGGCCUGUCUCUGCAGGCAGGUCUCGUCCUGGUGCUGUUGUUACUCUUCCUUCGAAGCCAAACUCAGAAAUGCAAGCCCCAGUUAACAUGUCAAGGAGACAGCCAUCUCCUAUUGCCAAUAGGGGCAGACUGUCAGAGUACACAGCAAAAAGCCGCGGCCAUGCCAAUGCUGCUGAUGCCUCUGAGGUAGUUGCUAGAAGAUCUGCUAAGUCUUCAACUACUGCCUCAGAAAACAAUGUAUUGGGAAGGACCAUCUCAAAGAAAUCAUUGGAUAUGGCUAUUAGACACAUGGAUGUGAGGAACAGCUCAGGAACUCUUCGUUCAGUUCCAAGCGCCACACUCUAUCCUCAGAGCAUUCGAACUUCAACUCCCAAGACACACCACACUAGAGGUUUGAGUGUUCCAGUGUCAAUGAACAUUAACGGAAGCCUCCAAAGCAGAAAUAAUAAUAAUAACAAUAAUAGGAAAAAUGGAAGAGAGAUAGGUGAAAGGCAAAAGCAAUACUUGGGAAAAUUGAGUGAAGUAGUGGAUGUGUACGAGAGUUAUCGUUAUGAUUCACUGUUGCUUAAAGAAGACUUAAACAACACAAACUGGCUGCGUAGUGUUGAUGAUAAAUGUGAUCAAGGACCCAUCUUUGACAAUGGAUUUGAGUACCUGCCUGAACCUUUUGGACUCUUUUAGCAUUCUCAAGCUUCUUCUUGCCACAUUAAUUUGUAAUGUGUUAUUUACAUUUUAAUUAUUGUUUCUCAAAGGUGGGGAAAUGAAGAUCCGUUAUAUAUGAAAUGUAUGGAUUUAACUUCGAUCUCAAUUACAAGUGAAUAAUACUAUGCAAGAAUUUAAUGUCACAGAA